ACGAACAAUGAUACGUAGCAUGGCUGCUACGUUUCUGAAGAGAUCAUCGUUUCAGUAUCCGCAAUGUUCAUCACACAAACAAUCCCCUCUUCAUACCGCCCAAAACCUACAGAUCUCUACCACUUCUUCUGUAUAUAAAUACCAUCCCAUCAUCUGACACGAAGACAGACAAAGAGAAGAAGCCUGCAGAAAGAGGAAUUAAUCAAAAAUGGAGACCAGCAAGAGAAACUACAGGUGUCCAGCAGCAGGUGCGAAGAAGAUGAUGGCAAUGGGAUUGGUGGCAGCACUACUCUCACUGGCCGCCGUCGAGGCUGGUCAAGAAGGCGGAGGAAUAAGGCCGAGAUGUUGCACAGGAUGUUACAGAGGAUGUUUCUCCGACUGCAUGACGAGGCAGGGCGACAACCUCAAUACGAUCGACCCUUUCAUCUGCUCUGCGGAAUGCUUCGUCCACUGCAUCUUUAACUUGUACACCCCUCCUCUCAGCGCCCAAACCUUUUGCACCGCCGGCUGCGCGGUCUCUAAAUGCUCCAAGUUCAGCUCCAACGGUCGCCCCAAUACAGGCAAGGUUGAGAGCUGCGUGGAUUCUUGCUCUCGCGGCUGCUCUAAAAACCAUGAUCAGUAUGCCUAAUUCAUUCAUCGCCAAAUGCAGAAUGGAAAACGGAUCGAUAUUGUUGGAGGGUUCUUAGUUUAUUACUUUAUGUAGCUGUAAGUAGAAUAAAAGUUGGUUUAAUUUGGGGGUGGUUAGUGUUUGUAACAAAGAAACAUAACAUUAUUGCAGAUAGAGUAGUAACUACACAUAUCAUGAAGGUAUUUCAUGAAAUGUACGUCUUAAUCAUGUAGGUCAUGUAUCCAUGAAAAGUUGAAGCAAUAAGGGAAACAGAAUGCAAAUACUCCAUACACUCUAAUCGUGACUCGUGACUACUGCUGUUCCGGAAGCAAGUAAAAUGAAGACAUAAAAUGACAUGAAGUUUGUUGCCCCUAUGACUGACUAGGUUGAAACUGAACCACCAAAAUGGAGGGACUCUCCCUCCAGUAUAUAGGGUUUGUGCGACUCAGGGCAAACACAUAACCAUAUCACAGGUAAUACAAACAGACCACUGCAUGCUCGGGGCAGGAGGGGAAGGAGGGAUCGCUUUCAGUCGCCUAGGGCGAGUUCUCUGGUGUCUUCAGAACUGGCGCGGGGUUGUUGUCGUCCUUGUGUUGUGUGACAGCUGCACGGAAAUCUUCAACGAUAGAACCGUCCUUGAAUUUCAGGGCAAAGGUUGAAAGUGCUUCCUCUUUGGCUUCCCCGAUACUAUUGAUGCAAGCAAAAGUGAUGCCUCGCUUUUCCAUGUUCGCGAGCUUUAUAUCGGAGAAUAGAUUAGCAUUCAAGAUCAACCUCAGGUUACCCUUAGACCUCAUCAGGAGCCUGGCUUUCUCUGUUCCACUGGUGGAGACAUUCACCUUCACUUCUCCUUUCCCGCGCUCCUUCCAAGAGCCAUCGAGGAACUCAAAUAACACGGAAUCUGCAGAGAAUACUGCCCUUUCAUUCUCUUCUCCGGUCUCCACUGGGACCUCCGGCAUGGAGGGGAAGCUGCUUCCUUCGCUCUUGGGGGCAACAGAAGAAGAGCCUGAAGAGUUGAAGAGUGAAGAAUUUCCAUUUGUAGGGAGGCCAAACCCAAAAGACGGCUGGUCGCUUUUCUGCCCAAACAAGGAACCAGCACCACUGGCAAAUGGAGAACCGUCCUUUGGGAUUGAUCCAAAGGAGAAUGACGAGGAGCUGGAAAACCCUGUUCCAGCUAGGCCAGUGAAAGCGUUUUGGCUACUUGAAAGCUGCUGGAAUGAACUCAGGGCAGUACCUUCACCACUCGGGUCUGCACUUUCACUGCUCUUAUCCUUCUUUCCAUCAUCCUCUGCUUUACUAUCCCCUGCUGCUUCCUUCCCGUCAACAUCUUCAGCUUUAUCAGUCCCAGUGACGUUCUUGCCUUUCUCUUGAGCUCCAUCACCCCCUUCAGCCUUUGCAUCCACCGACUUAAUGGCUUCGCUGCCAUUAUCACUCUCAGUUUUAUCUUCUAGCGGUUCCUGGGCCACUUCACCAACAGUAUCAGUCGUAACCUUAAUAACAGGGCUCUCCUUGUCACCUGCAGACUCGACCACUGACUCACUCGCACUGCUUUCUAAUUGCUUCCCAUUAGAAGCAUCUUUCUCUUCCUUGGCUACAUCACAAGCACCACUUUUGAUGUCAUUCUCAUUAGAAGUUACUACCACAGUUGCUCCAGGCUGAAGGGCCGGACUUGGUUCACUUGGUGGAACCAAACGAAUUCCAGCAAAUGGAUUAGAUGAGGGGAGGAUUGGGGCUGCAGUUGACUGACUGCGUCGAACUUUCACAAUCCGUCUGGUGGCCAGAACCUCAUCGCUGGCCUUCUGGAAAGUUCCAGUCUCCAUUUCAGACAAAUCUUCAUCAUCAUCAAGGCCAGGGUCGUCCUUUGAUAUCUCCCUGCCUGCAGCUCUCUUCUUUGAAGAUGGAAGGACAUUCUCAGAAUCCCCCAUUCUUAAACCAAAACAACCGACUCUUUUUACUCUCAGAUUCAGUCAAGAAUCUGCAGGCAGAAAAAGAAGACCCAUUUC